UCGAAAACUUUCUCACACAAAACUUUCAGAAUAGAAAUUCACAUGAUCUACAGUACAAUAUAGUAGUUAGAUGUACAACAUUAUGCUGAAUUUACUUUUUUUAUUGUCGGGUAAAAUAAUUAACAAGUAUGGUAUGCUUCAGUAGAGAAAAGGAACGAUAAAUUGAUACAUGAUACCACAAAGAUUUUUUCAUUAAUCUAUUUUUAGAAUAAGGGGAUUUCCGAAUUAAAUGCGGAGGAUUUCCAGUUGAACUUGAACUUGUGAAAGUAUGAAUAAGAGGAUUAUCAGUGUUGGAACUUGAACAUUUUUACUUCUAAACACCAGGAAGAUUGAAUUAUAUGAGAGAAACUAGACAAUGUGAAAAUUUAAGUGAAAACUUUAAAAAAAACCCAAAAAACUUACAAUGAUUGAGUUUGAAUCUUUACAAAAUCAUAACAAUAUUAAUCAGACAGAAUUAACAAGAGGAUUAAUUACGAUUGACGGUGAACUUGAAUCAGAUGAUAUCAAAUCGUUAAAAUUCCUCUGUCAAGAUCACAUAGCACAGAAAACGUUAGAAAAAAUUAAAGAUGGAAUUCAAAUUUUUAACGAACUUGAAAGACUUGGAAAAAUUGACACUUCACGAGGGGAGGUGGAUUACCUGUUGGAAUGUUUAUGUAGAUGUCAUCGUAUCGACUUAAUCAAGAAAAUGGGAUUUAAUCAAAUACAAGUAAAGAAUCGAGUGGAAAGUGGACGUUCUAAUUUUUCACCUUUUAGAUUAUUGCUGUUUGAAAUUGCUGAAGAAAUGGAGACUGCAGAUUUGAAGACAGCUCUUUUCACCUUGUCCUCAGUAAUUCCUCGAUCAAAACACGAUAAAAUCAAAUCCAUCUGUGAUGUUUUUAUCCAGCUUGAGAGAUCUGGUGAUUUAUCUCCCCACAAUGUAGACGUAUUGUACAAAUUGUUGAAGAUGAUGGAUCGAGGAGAUUUAGUGACCAAAGUCAGAGCCUAUCAAGGAGCUCAACCAACAGGAUGGAAUACAGAGAUAGGAUAUGGACCAGUAGAUGAAGGACAGGUACCCAGAACAGUUGAAACAGCAAUGGAACCAGAAUACCACGGUGAAGGUCAAAUUCGUCCUGCUAAUACAGCGGAACGACAGAGACCUACACAAAUACCUCCUGCUAAUACAGUGGAACAACUGAGACCUACACAAGCUACUGAGGGUUCAGUACAAUUUUCAGGCAACCAGUUACCAUUACAUUUAGAAGAAUUCCAAAAUUCAACUGCAAGUGUUAAUAGAAGCGUAAACGACAAUCAAGGUGUUAAUCCAAGUCAGCCAGGAACGGUAGACAUUCAAGGUCAAGGUCAAAACAAACAUAGUAGAACAGAUCCUAAUAUGGAUGAUUACAUGCGUAAAAGAAUUAAAAUUCAAGACCGAGAAAAUGACAGAUCUAGAGUUGUUCCAAGUGUCCAUGAGAAUCCAGUAUUAUUGGGUUCACAGCAAGAACAGCCAUCACCUGGUAUCCACCCAUCUGUAAGAGGUGUUGGGAACCAGACACCAACUGAACCUUCACCUUUUUAUAGAACUGGAACAAGUAGUGAGGUCCCAGUCAAUCAUCUGGUACAUCGUAAUGAUGUCAUUACAGAGGAGCAAUCCCCUGGAGACAGUGGGUUAACAGCAGGAACUGUGUCGGUGUCAGACAGAAGUUCACAAGAAAUAAGUUCAGGAGAUAUACCACUUUCAUUAACUGAAAGUAAACUGGUUGAGCUUUCUGAAGUCAUAGCAAGAAGAGAUGAUUGUACUUUACUGGCUUCAGCAUUGAUGAUUGAUUAUGACCAGACAUCUCAAAUAAUGCAGGCAAAUCCAACAAAUGUGCUGAGAGUGCAUGGCUUCCUUAGACACUGGUUUAUUGAACAGAGAAAAAGAUUUGGUACCAGUCCAAGUGCAGAUGGUCUCUUAAAAGCUUUUGAAAGAUUAGGAUUUACAGAUGCCAUUGAAGAGUAUGUUCGACUCAGUCGUGAACCUGAAUCUGAGUUUGAGGAAGGAUCUGAGAAUCUUGCUAUACGAUCAGACAGAAGUGGGAAUCAAGAGGAGAAUUUUAAUGUCUCAUCAGGAGAAGCUAGAGUGUCUCAAGGAAAUGAGGACACAGAUUUCAGAGCAGCCACACCCCCUAUCAAUCAGUCAAGUUCAGGAGCACAAGUUGGUCCAAGUUUGAAUCCUCUAAUUAACCAGAGCAUACGACAACCAAAUCGACAGGAUGAUGUCAUUGUCAGACAAAUGGAAGCUGUCGCCAUUGAUGAUUCUGCUAUGCCUUUUUAUAAGAUGAAUGCCAGACCUAGAGGUUUAGCCAUAAUAAUAAACAACCAGCAUUUCCAUAAGAUCAGAAAUGACCAAUCUAGUAAGGAGAUGCCAGCACGAACUGGUACAGAAAAAGAUGCAGAAAAACUUGAUUACAUUUGGAGGAAGUUAGGUUUUGAGGUACGCUUGUUCAAUGAUGUGGACUCAACACGAAUGAAUCAGAUCAUGGUAGAAACAGGCUUCCUCGACCACUCAAAUUAUGACUGUCUUGUGGUGUCAAUAUUGACACAUGGAGUCCUCGGCCAUGUUUAUGGAGCUGAUGGUCGGAUAGUAAGAAUCAGUCAGUUAACCAGCGUUUUUUCUGGAAGAAGAUGUCCGUCUUUGGCAGGAAAACCGAAGUUGUUCUUCAUUCAAGCUUGUCAAGGAAGAGAAAAACAAGAAGGGCAUGCCAUUGAAACAGAUGCUGGAGGAAGUAUGCCAGAACAGGAUUUGAAUGUUGACAGACCAAGGGAGUUAAUCCCUGAUGAAGCUGAUUUCCUGUUAGGAUAUGCUACUGUUCCCGGCUAUGUGUCCUACAGAAGUAGAUCACAGGGGAGCUGGUAUAUCAAUAAGUUAUCACAGAAUCUGGAUAAAUAUGCUUAUCAGCACGACUUGCUGAGUAUUCUGAUUAAAGUGAAUGAGGAGGUUGGUAGAGCGACAGCAAACAUUGACAAUGGAGCAUACAAACAGAUACCUGCUCCUAUGUUUACGCUGAGGAAAAGAAUCAUAUUCCGAUAAAUUAUAUUUUUGCAAAUAUUGACAAUACAUUUAGUGCAUGCAAACAGAUUCUUGCACCUUUGUUUGCUCUAAUGAAAGAAUCAUCUUCCCAUAAAUCAAAUUGUUGUAAAAAUUGAAAAUGGGGCUUUCAAAUACAGAUUCCAGCACCUUCGUUAACACUGAGGA